GGCCGCCCAGAACCUGCCGCGCGCCCUGGGGUGGGGGAGGCGGCGCAGGAGCAGCGCUAGGGGACGGGACGGUAGGCUUGGUCCCCGCAGCCAAGCAGCCCAGCGCCUCCUUCUUCUGCCGCCCUCUGCUUUCUCUCUCCUGCGGCGGCGGCCAGCGCGGACCCACCCUUCGGCGGGACCUGCGCUCUGUCCAGCGACGCCGAGCGGGCGGCUCCCUCCGUGGCCCGGGACCAACCCUCAACCCUGCGCCCGCUGACCACGGGACCCUCGCGGCUUUCCCAUUCCUUGCGGCGGUCCGGGCGCCUCGGGGAAGUGACCCACCCUCUCUCCAGAAGGAGGAAGGAGGGGAUAGCGCCAAGCGCAGUGAAACCUAGAGCUGGCCAGUCGGAGUGGGCACUGCGCGGGGGCAUUGUGUGUGUAUAAGCGUGUGAGACUGUGUGUGUGCGCGCGUGCAGCGUCGUGUCUGUCUCGGAGUGCGCUCUGGGAGGUCCCAUCCCGAAGGGGCGGAGCGCAGGGGGCCGAGGCUCGGGCUCCGCGCCGGGGCAGAGUCCCGUGGAGCCCGAGCGCAGAGGAGGCGGCCGGCGGGACGGCGCGCCUGGCGGCCGGGCGGGUGCACUGAAGGAAGGCCUGGGCAUCUUCGGCCCGGCCGCGGCCCCUGCCCCGAGGUGUCGGCCUCGGCGGCUGUGCCCGCUUCUACUCACGUCCGCGGACCUGCCUGCGGGGAAGAAACUCGAACGCCAAGAGCCAGAGCGCCGCGGAGCCGGCCCGCCCCGUCCGCCUGGGGUGCGCCGCGGGAGAGCGAGGUCCCAGCAGCUGCACGGCCGUCCGGCGUCGAAGGUGUCGGGAGCGCGCCGGGCCCGCAGCCCUAAAGGCUCGCACCAUGAGCGGCGGCGAAGUGGUCUGCUCGGGAUGGCUCCGCAAGUCCCCGCCGGAGAAAAAGUUAAAGCGUUAUGCAUGGAAGAGGAGAUGGUUUGUGUUACGCAGUGGCCGUUUAACUGGAGACCCAGAUGUCUUGGAAUAUUACAAAAAUGAUCACGCCAAGAAGCCGAUCCGUAUUAUUGAUUUAAAUUUAUGUCAGCAAGUCGAUGCUGGAUUGACAUUUAACAAAAAAGAAUUUGAAAACAGCUACAUUUUUGAUAUCAACACCAUUGACCGGAUUUUCUACUUGGUAGCCGACAGCGAGGAGGAGAUGAAUAAGUGGGUUCGUUGUAUUUGUGACAUCUGUGGGUUUAAUCCUACAGAGGAAGAUCCUGUGAAAGCACCUGGCAGCUCCUUACAGGCACCAGCCGAUUUACCAUUGGCGAUAAGCACCGCACCACCGUCCUCCCAGGUGGGUGCCUCUGCUGCUGCUGCACCACCUCCCUAUCAGCUCAUCAGCCUUCCACCACACCUGGAAACCCUUGGCAUCCAGGAGGAUCCUCAAGACUACCUCUUGCUAAUCAACUGUCAAAGCAAGAAGCCUGAACCCACCAGAACGCACGCUGAUUCUGCAAAAUCCACCUCUUCGGAAACCGACUGCAAUGAUAACGUCCCUUCUCAUAAAAACCCCGCUUCCUCCCAGAGCAAACAUGGAGUGAACGGCUUUUUCCAGCAGCACGUGAUGUACGACUCUCCACCGUCUCGCGCUGCACCCCUCUCCGUAGACACCAGCCUGUAUAACCUGCCUCGCAGUUACUCCCACGACGUUUUACCAAAGGUGUCUCCAUCGAGUACCGAAGCAGACGGAGAACUGUAUGUUUUUAACACCCCAUCUGGGACCUCGAGCGUGGAGCCUCAAAUGAGGCAUGUAUCUAUUAGUUAUGACAUUCCUCCAACACCUGGUAAUACUUACCAGAUACCACGAACAUUUCCAGAAGGCGCCUUGGGGCAGACGUCAAAGCUAGACACUAUUCCAGAUAUUCCUCCGCCUCGGCCACCGAAACCGCAUCCGGCUCAUGACCGAUCUCCUGUGGACACGUGUAGCAUCACACGCACGGCCUCGGACACUGACAGCAGUUACUGUAUCCCAACAGCCGGGCUGCCGCCCUCACGUAGCAAUACCAUUUCCACUGUGGAUCUGAACAAAUUGCGAAAAGAUGCUAGUUCUCAAGACUGCUAUGAUAUUCCACGAACAUUUCCAAGUGAUAGAUCUAGUUCACUCGAAGGCUUCCACAACCAUUUUAAAAUCAAAAACUUAUUGACAGCGGGAAGUGUAUCAAGUGAAGAACUGGAUGAAAAUUACGUGCCCAUGAAUCCCAACUCUCCACCACGACAACAUUCCAGCAGUUUCACAGAACCAAUUCAGGAAGCAAAUUAUGUUCCAAUGACUCCAGGGACAUUUGACUUUUCUUCAUUUGGAAUGCAAGUGCCUCCUCCCGCUCAUAUGGGCUUCAGGUCCAGCCCCAAGACCCCUCCCAGAAGGCCAGUUCCUGUUGCAGACUGUGAACCACCCCCUGUGGAUCGGAACCUCAAACCAGACAGAAAAGUCAAACCAGCACCUUUAGAAAUAAAACCUUUGCCAGAAUGGGAAGAAUUACAAGCCCCAGUUAGAUCUCCCAUCACUAGGAGUUUUGCUCGAGACUCCUCCAGGUUCCCCCUGUCUCCCCGGCCGGAUUCUGUGCACAGCACAACUUCAAGCAGCGACUCGCAUGACAGUGAAGAGAAUUACGUUCCCAUGAACCCCAACCUAUCCAGUGAAGACUCCAAUCUUUUUGGCAGUAAUAGUCUUGAUGGAGGAAACAGCCCAAUGAUCAAGCCCAAGGGAGACAAACAAGUGGAAUACCUAGAUCUAGAUUUAGAUUCUGGGAAAUCCACACCACCACGUAAGCAAAAGAGCAGCGGCUCAGGCAGCAGUGUAGCCGAUGAGAGAGUGGACUAUGUGGUGGUUGACCAACAGAAGACCCUCGCUCUGAAAAGCACCCGGGAAGCCUGGACCGAUGGGAGGCAAUCCACAGAGUCCGAAACACCAGCCAAGAAUGUGAAAUGAAAAGACUGCUUUAAUGUGUCUGAACGAAAGAGGACUGAACUGUAAAGAGGAAUCCUGCUUGACCCGAGAUAACUUGACCCUUCUACUCUAGGUAGAUCCUCAACUAAGUAGAGUCAGAGUUGGAGGACCUUUUAGGCUUCAUCAAGCUGUCAAGACUGUAAAUGGUGCUUUGUGGUAUCGGAACAAUUCAUCACAUGUAAAUAAUGCGGGAAAAUACUAUUGUUUGGUUCCCAGAGAAACAUUUGUUCUGUAGGUAACACACUAGUAGUAUUACUGUAUUUAUGCACUUUUUCAUUUGAAGCGUUGGCUUGGGUGUUCCCAAAUGGACCUUAACACGAUUCUGUUGGGAAUUCUUGUUUUUCCUCAAGAACGAUGCUGAGUAAUCUAAGCUACUUUCCCAUUGAGAAAUUGCCCUUUCACCUGCAGGAUAACCACAUGGCAUGAGAAGUACAUUCGCGGUCUGCCAUUCUACCUGAAACUUCAUGGGGUAAUCGUUAGCUUAAAAUACAAAGUAGAGAUGGACUCAUCAUUCAAUGCCUUUCAAAGCGCUGAACAUUGUGUCCAUCCUGGUAUCAGGACUUAGUUCUCUGGUUCGUGGACAUUUUCAAUGGUGGAACCUUGUUUUAUUUUGUUAAUUACAGUGUUUUUGGUUCAUUGAGUGAAGAUUCUGCCGGGUGGGAUCUUACACCUUGGAAAGAGUGAAUAAUGACACUAUCAAGUAAGCGUAUAAAUCACUGAUGGCAUGCAGUGAGAAUGUGCUCUCACACUUGUUACCAUGUAUUAAAAUUUACAUUAUUUGCAAAGUGUAGAUUAUACAGCUAAUCAGGUACGUACCAGGCACUGAUGUGCUAAUACACUGAUCAGGUUUAUACAACGAGCUUAAGUUGUGUUCUUGUUAAUCCUCUAACGUUGUUGGUUUCCAGUUUGGAAUUAAUGACACAGUUGAUAUUCACUGUUAGUUAUAGCAACAUACUGUGACUUUUAAUUAGACAGUCAUGCAGAUUUAUUGCUCUAAGAAUGAAAUUCUGUCUUUUGACACCAUAGUGCCCUUUCUAUGGUUUUUUAAAAAACUUUACUUAAUAUUCUUCUUGGCCUUAUCCUAUUUAAAUCCCUAUGCAAUUAAUGUUUUAUAUCUGCGUUGUUUUUUUAAAAAUAGAUGUUAUAUAAGUGAUUCUCAUAUGUAGCACCUAUUGCUUUUCCAGUAAAAAAAAAAAAAUUAACGAUUUUGUACUGUGAUUUAUAUUCACUGCCCCAAUUCAAGAAAUAGUGGAGCCUUGCUAUAAUGUGAAAUCUUAUAGCCAUGGACUUCUUCCAACUAGAUUUCUGAAACCACCAGAGGUAUCAUAUAAUUCUGGCUCACCUAUAACAUGGUCCUGUGACAUGGAUAUCAAGACCACACAUUAUAUAUAGUGAGGCUAUAAUUUAUCUAUCUUGGCUUUGCAAUGUAAUUUAGAAAGCAGAUAUAGUUGUUGGUUUGAUUGGAUUUUAAGUACGUUACAUACAAUCUCUUCUGUACUGAUUUGAGACUUACUAACAGUUUUUGGAGGGGGCAUAGAGAUCGCAGAGCCUACAGCUGAGUCACGUUCCCCUAUCCCACUUCGGACCUCUAACUGUUGCCUGAGAACACAGAUGUGCCCUGAUUUCUGGCCUCUUGGCCACUGUAUUGUGCCUGACUUAUGUAGUGAGUUUAUGUCCCCUCCAGGAACUAAGAAAACGUUCAUAACGAGACGAAUUGUAGACGAAUAACAUUUGAUGCUUUUAAAUGUUUGCUUAUUUUUAAACAGAAACUAAACCCAGAACUGAAUUUUGAGGUGGGUUUUUAAAUAAAAAAGAUUGUUUGA